GAAAUGACGUUAUUCACCAACUUACAAGGGGAAGAAACUCCUCCCCCUACGUGUCUAUAACAUUACAAAAUGAUACACGAUUGUACCAACUUUAUCAUCAGUUCUCUGUUUCUGAUGAAGCCGGUAACUACAGACUUUUUCUUGGAGGGCCAGUUAACGGGACAUUGGGUGACAACAUGCUUAACACUCGACGACCCGAUAGCACAUUAAAUGGGAUGUCCUUCAGUACCCCUGACCGAGACAAUGACCUGGGCGCGGAUCGUAGCUGUGCUGCUGUUUUUAAGGGCGACCAUAUCCACAAAGAUUCUCCGUCAAUUCUCAUGGGUAAUCCAAUUUCUGUCAUCCCCAUCUCUAUUUUGAGUCCGUGA